AGGUCUUCGGGUGCGUAGUGGGUAUUUUUUUUGUUUUUUGAGGGGGACGCGGGUGGGAGAAAGAGAAGAAGAGGAUGUGGUAUCUAUGCGUGUUCUACCACAGAUUGUUAGAUUAUAGGAGACCCGAAGUUGAAGCUUUAGCGGAGCUCUUCGGCGCCUUCGGAGGAGAUGGCAAUGACAGCUCUCGCUGCUCUUUAGUGUGGAAGCUUCCAGAAAGCCACCACCCUGAUUCUCCUUUCCAUCUCGUCAAUCUCUAUUCCGAGGAUAUUGCCAGAAACAUCGCCAAUCGAAGUAUACUUGUGAAGGGAAUUUAUGAACUUUGGGGAGAAGGGAGUAGCUAUGAAGAAUUGGAAGAGGCAAUAAAAAGGUAUCCCGAUGAGCGAAAGUUGCCAUACUUGACACCAGAAAGCACAUUCAAGAUCACUGUUGACAGCUUUGGCAAGGUGAUCAGCUUUAAAGAGCAGAAUGAACGUAUUAAAGGGCUUGCUUAUAUACCAUUCAAGGGUCGAGUUAAUUUACGGAAUCCGGAUCACAAAUUCUGGCUAAUGGAAACUGAUGACUAUGGAUCUCAUAAUGGACUUCCUCCAGUUGUCGAGAAGAGAAUUUUCUUUGGUAGAGAAGUUGGCGCUGCAGAUCGGAAACUUUUGCCAACUUAUCAGUUAAAAAGCCGCAAUUACUUGGGCCCAACAGCCAUGGAUGCAGAAAUGGCUUUUCUUAUGGCCAACCAAGCCUUGGCCAUGCCAGGGAAACUUGUCUAUGAUCCUUUUGUUGGUACAGGGAGUAUUCUUGUUGCUGCUGCACACUAUGGAGCAAUGACAAUGGGUGCAGACAUAGACAUAAGAGUAGUACGUGAUGGGCGUGGGCCUGACUGUAAUGUUUGGAGCAAUUUUAAGCAGUAUAGAUUGCCAAUGCCAAUUUCCCUUUUGAGGGCCGAUAAUAACCUUCGUCCCUGGCGUCCAGGGCUAAAAGAGGUGUUUGAUGCUAUAAUUUGUGACCCUCCAUAUGGAGUUCGUGCUGGGGGGCGUAAGUCGGGUGGCCGGAAAUUGCUGAAGGGUGCUGUCGAUCCCUACACAGUCCCUGAUGACAAGAGGACGGACCACAUACCAUCAACUGCACCUUACAGCUUGGUUGAAUGCAUGCAUGAUUUGCUCGAUCUUGCUGCUAGGAUGCUUGUUAUGGGUGGGAGGCUUGUAUUCUUCUAUCCUGUACUAAGAGAAGAUGGAUCCACUGAUACUCUAUACCCGGAGCACCCAUGUUUCAGAUUGGUCGCUGCCUGCGAACAGAUUCUUAGCCUACGCUACAGCAGGGUCCUACUGACCAUGGUGAAGACGGCGCCAUACAGUGAAGAAAUUGCUGAGUCAGCUAGACAGAAGCAUUUAGAGUUCAAGGAAAACCAUGUGAAGUGGCUAGAAGAUGGUAACCUUCAUUCUGCCGUAUUCAGCCCUAUUGACCCUGAGGGUGGUGCAUCUGGGGAUUACAAGUCCUAUAAAGAUUCAAAGCCCAAGUAUAGAGGGAAGUAUGUGUAGCUGGUUCAUUAACUGUUUUUACCCCCCUCACAGUUUGGAGCUUAACUGAGCAAUUUUCACACAACCAGCAUAUGCUUAUUGAUCAUUUAUGUGCAGUUUUAACUCUGAAGAAUCUAAUUAAUCAAAUGAACUUCAAA